UUCUUUUGAUGUAUAUUUUAGAUAAUCCUUUAAUUUGUUGUACACUCAUGGUAACAAUGAAAUUUCCUUAAACAAAACACAGAAUAAAAAAAAAAAAGCACACACACACACACAAAAAAACGAAUAAAACAAGAAAUACCAAAAAACACAUUAAAACAAUAAAAACUAGAAAAAAAAUAAAUAUAAAAAUUUUCGGGAAGUUUACGUAUUGAUCAAAAUGCAAUCUAAAAAACGCGAUACUGACGAAAAGCAACUGCGCAAGAAAAAUUUUCGAUUGCGCUUUAAGAAAUUGGUGUUAACUGUGAUGCUGAAUCAGCAAUGGAUGGAUGAACCCGAGGAGCAGGGCAUCGUAAUGAAUGCUAAGAAGAAUGUUGCAUUUCUCAUCAGGCAGAAGCGCAAGACCGGUGUGCUGACAGUUGCGGAAAAAUCAUUGCUGCGAACUCCCCAUGCGAACCGCACUGUAGAGGAGCGUAAGAAACUCUGCCUGAUUGUAGCUGCUCUGCCGUGCUUCUCAAAUUUUCCUCCAAAACUACGAGUCCGGCUAAUACCGUAUUUAAAGUUCGCCAACUAUGGAGAAGAUCGAAUGUUAAUACGACAAAAUGAUGUACCGAUUACGGUUUACUUCAUGAUAUCUGGCGAGGUUGAAAUGAGGAAAAACAUCUACGAUAAGGCCACAAAGAAAGUGACCAUGGUCUCCGAGGCAAUUGUGGGCGUGGGCGAUGUCAUAGGCGACGUGGCAAUGCUCGAGGACUGCCUGCGACUGAACACUUAUGUAACGCUAACGCCCUGUGAGGUUCUCUACAUAACCGACGAUGAGUUCAGAAGUGUUUUGGGUAAAUUCAUGAGAAAACAAUGGCAGCAAAAAAAAGCGGCAAUACGCUCGUUAAACUAUUUCAAUUAUUUCAAUGAAGACCAGGUUGUGCGAGCAUGCGCCUAUUGCCAGCUGGAGCAGUAUGAUCCACUGCACUCGAUCUAUUCGGAGGACAGGGGAGCUGUCAGCUGUGUUCACUUCAUAUUGAGCGGCGAGUGCGUUGUCUUACAGUGCCUUAAAGUGAUCCGAGUCAUCAAAUCGGAUGGCACAAGAACGUAUGAAUUGGUCGCUGUUAAGGAGAAGGAACAGGAUAUUUUUGUCAAUCCAACAAAAUCGGCCCGAUCAUUCAAUAGCUCAUUCCUCGACGAAGCCCAAAGGAAGGAUAAACAUUUAUCUGAAUCGGAGUUCAAUCUCGCUGAUCUACUGGCAUCGUCAUCGGACCUCAACGACGAGGAGUCUAGACUGCAAAGAAAAGCGAAGCGUAAAACGGGUCUGCGAGAAAUUGAAAUUGCUUGUGGACUUGCCACUGGCACCUCAGUGAAUACAAGUAAAAAGAAGUUACGCGGCUCCUCCAGGCGAAUAACAACAAUGAAAUUCAAGCAUUCAAUGAGUAAUAUUUGGAAAGUGGACUUCGAGGACGACGAAGAGGAUAUGGUUGUCUUUAUUGAAGAGGAUGAUGAUAAGUCACUCAAGGACGAAAGCGAAAGCCAAAAGAAAAGCGAUCAUAAUUCCAUCCUUCCGAAUAGCUCAACAACAAAAUUAUCCAAAACUUCCUUGAUAGUGGAUAAACAGCCAUCGAGCGAGGUGGAACUCGCCACGACCGUAAUCGGUCCCAAGCUGAGCAGGACCAAGAACGUAACUGUUGUCGGUGCAGAUGGAACCAUUGCAGAUGCAUCGGCUUCAGGCGAUUCAGACGAUAGCUCAAGCUCGCUGCUGGGACUUCAUAUCCGCCAUGAGAAGAGGAGUUUAGCAAAUCUGCCCACAGAGACGCAUUUCAUAGACGUCGGCUCCUUGACCUAUGGCGGUAUCUUUGGCCUGGGCGAAAAAAUCACCCAUCGUGUCAUAAUGGCCCGCACCGUGGUGCAAUGUCUGCUGUUGCCUCGCUAUUGGCUCAUGGCCGCGGAACAGAAUCCGGGCCAUAUCUGGUUGCGACGCAAAUUCUCGCUGGAAACGAAUAUACCGUCGCGCGAGGAUCUGUUCGAUCAUUUCCUGAAGACGCGCCGCUGGGAGAAAUUCAAGCGAGACUAUGUGCAGAGCACAUUGAUUGAGACUAACACUAAUGGUACACAUCCAGAAGAUAUACCCAUUAUCUGUCGCAUUGUUGAGACCACAGAUGAUAUUUAAUGCAAAUCGGAUGGACUUCGGUCAAUCAAAUUCUAUGUGUGUGUGCUCAGAAGACGGUCAAGUAAAUAUCAGAUAUUCAAUUUAGUGUAAAAUUAUGCAUAGUGCUCCAUUUUGGAGCACCAAGAAAUUGACGGUUCUAUGUGAAAUCCAGUCCGAUGCAAUAAAUGUACUAAAUUUCCUGACCAAA